GAGAGGGGUGGGGGGGUGGGGCACUUACGAUUAGCCCAGCGUUGAUCCUUUGGGAGCAGAUGGUGAAUGGUGGCUUAUCUAGAUGCCCUGAGUCCAAGUAGUUAACAGCAGCGUGUUGCAAGACGUAACACAGUUUAAAGGAGUCUGUCAAGCAAAGCUCAUGAAACAAAACUGAAGCGAUACAGGUUGAGGUCAGACCUUUGUGAGAAGACGGGAUGUUGCUGAGCUGUGCUGCUCUGGUUCUGCUGCUCUGUGUGCAACGUCUGCACAGCUCUGCUCUUCCUGCCGUGUCCUCCUAUGAGUUCACAGCCUGCAGGAUGCAACAGUACAACCUGGCACAGCAGAAACAUGGUUGUCGUGGGGCUAUAGUGGUGGCUGAGGCGCGCUCAGCAGAGGAACCUUUUCUGACUCGCCGCUGUGUCAUCAUGAAGGUCCAGGACUUCACCACAGAAAAAUACUUGGAGGCCCAGAGACAGAACGCUGCUGCUUUUUUAAUCCUGCUGCCCCAAAAUAUUUCCAGCAUUCCUCAUGACACAAUACAGUCCUUUAUGGCAAGUGAGAGCGAAGCCUUGCAGAAGGAAACAAUGAUUCCUUUGUACGUAGUACCAGAAAGUGAGCAUCUGCUCUGCAUGUAUGAAGAGGUAAAGCAGGCUGCAGCCUCCCGGACAUCAUCCAUAUUUGUCAGAGUUCUUCGAAGCAUGGUCACCGCUACAGCUUUUCAGAUCUUAGUGAGCAACAAUGCUCCCAUUAGACCCAUCACUGACACUUCUAUAGUCACAUUAGAGGGAGUGUUGCCUGGAGCAGAAGAAGAUGCUCCCACCAUCGUCAUCACCGCUCACUAUGACUCAUAUGGGCUGGCCCCGUGGUUAUCGUUUGGGGCUGACUCUAACGGCAGUGGGGUCACCAUCCUGCUGGAGUUGGCUCGUCUCUUCCAGAAGCUGUAUAGCAGCUCUAGCACCAGACCUCAAUUUAAUUUGAUGUUUUCCUUGACUGGAGGAGGAAAGUACAACUUCCUCGGCACAAAGAGGUGGAUUGAAGAGAAUCUUGAUCAUGCCGAGUCUAGCCUGCUUCAUGACAACGUUGCAUUUGUUUUGUGUUUGGACACACUGGCCAAGGGCGAUGAGCUGUACAUGCAUGUGUCUCGCCCGCCAAAGCCGGACACUGCUGUGCACUAUUUCAUUCAGCAGCUGGAGGAGGUGGUUUACUCCAGAUUUCCCUGGGUGAAGGUGGGAUUGGUUCACAAGAAGAUCAAUCUGGUAGAGUCCACUGUAGCCUGGGAGCACGAGCGCUACAGCCUACGGAGGAUUCUGGGAUUUACUUUGUCUCAUUUGGAGGAUCCCAAAUCUGAACUCCGUGGAUCUAUAUUGGACACGAUGUCCCAAGUGGAUUUUAGGAAACUUAAACGUAAUGGCAUCAUCAUAGCUGAAGCACUGGCACGAUACAUGUAUAAUCUUUCUGAUAAGGGUUCACCAAAGGAUGUGCAGGUUUUUAAAGGUCAUUUGGACUUUCAGGACAGUCGAAUGUCCAGUCUCAUGUCCUUUUUGACAUCAGUCCCUCGGGCCACUCAGCUGCUGGAUAAGGAACCUGGUCACAUGCUGCUGGUCAACUCAAUGGAGCACGAGUUCAGACGGUACCUGCAGCAGGUCCACAGACACACCUUCAGACAGGACAAAAGGGACCCUGACAUCACCUUUUACGAUCAAAUGAACCAACCAGUAGUGAUGUACAGGGUAAAACCAGCAGCAUUUGACCUCUUUCUGGGUGGAUGCAUCGCUGCGUAUCUGGGGGUUGUUUACUAUGGAAUCCAGAACUUUGGAUAUCUGUACACACAGCUGAAGGCAGCAGUAAAAACAAAGCAGAAGUAAUCGGCAACUUUGAAGUCUGCCCGGCACUUUUUUGGACUUGCUGUGCAACAGUUCCCUUCCUCAUAGCAAUUGUGUGAAUUUAUUCUGAAAUGUUGGAUGAUUUUUAAACAUUUUUGUACAUGUCUUAGAAAGGAAUAAAACAAUUAGCCACUAAAACUGAAAGAA